AUGCCUUCUAGUGUAUUCUUCCCCAAGGCAGAUACAGCGAUCCUUUCGUCCAGGCGUCGACCCCCACCCACAUACCCGCAUACCGUCGGGCCGAUUCUCGAUCCGGAAAACCUCAAGAAGCCAAUAAGUCCCUGGUCUGGUGAGGUCGCAUCGACUCUCUACCCUAGCCUUGACCCUAACGCGCUCACAUCCACCGUUUGUAAAAAGCCUCCUGGUUUCGAGGAUCGAUAUCCGCGUGCCAUUCUAGCCCACAAUGAGAGACUUAGAUUGCCUAUGCUUUGGUACUACACUCGCGAUGUUCUCAAGGAGGAAGAGUUACUUUCAGGUCUCCAGGACAAAGUUCAUCUGGCUAAGGAGACCACGGGAUGGGAGUUCGCGAUCAUUGGCAUCCUGGAUAUAGAUGUAUAUAUUCGCUUGGCCACGGUAGGCGUUCAAUUAGGUAUCCUGCCGAGAGGUGAAACAAUCUGCGCCCAUACGGUCACUCAACCUCCUGAUAGCGUGUUCCAUUUACCAACACUCAUGGAAGACUGGAGGUUUUGGACGUGUCCCUAUCUCGAGAAAGGCGGGCUUUACGCAUACGCCGGUGUACCACUGCGUCUGCAACACGAAACCGGAGAAUGUGUUGGUCUUGGUUCGCUUUGCGUAGCCUCGAGUAAAAGCGAGGAACCGCUCACAAAAGACCAGCAGCAAGCCCUGGUCCGCCUGGGUGACUGUGUCGUCUCGGAUCUCCUUCACGCGGUGCGGGCAAAGCGCCAACGUGACCGGCAUCGAAUGGCUGAACUCCUCUCCAACGCACAGUUGGAACUGGAGAAGCUGGUCUCCGAGGAACCUAUCUAUCAAAUUCUCCGAAGCACCUACCCCAAUGCUAUCGUCAAAUUGCAGCCGACGAAGACGACCUAUGUCGAGCUGGAAGGGCGCAAGCCUAUCUUGAUGUCAGACCUGGAAGGCGGCCUGUGGGAAGAUGCGGAGUACCUAGAUGCGUUGAUCAGCGAAUCCAACCACGAUGCUCUUCCCACCACGCACAUUGUGCGCAUCCUAGCUCUUGCUUGCGAGAGUGUAACGGGUUCAUCUUUGCUCAUGGUGGCUUCAAAGGACUUUCGCCUCGUAUUCGAUGAUGUCGACUUCUGGUUUGUUGAGACGUGUGCUGGCUUGAUCUCCCAGAUGUGGCGCAAAAGACUCCUCUUGGAGGCGCUGAGAGCAAAGGAGAAAUUUCUUAGCGGGUUUUCCCAUCAGCUCCGCACUCCGAUCCAUGGUAUACUCGGUUCAGCGGACCUCCUGGCUGAAGAGAUCCAAUCCUGGUGCGCAGGCGAGGACGCACAACUAGCCCCAGGAUCAGUUGAACAGCCUCUCAAAAUACGUUUAGACGAACAUUCCAAAUAUCUGGGCAUCAUCAAGAUGGGCGGCAGGGAUCUGGUUGCAAUCAUCAACAAUAUGAUUACAACCAAUCGAUGGGCUGAUAUUGCUACGAUGGACCGCCACUAUGCCAUGCAUUCGGUUGAAAAGCUUGAGACGGAGCUGUGUACCGGAUUAGUCAACUUGACCGUGGGAGAUACACGGUAUCGAGCGUCCGUUUUCUUCACCCAUGAUUUGCCUUACGUUUGCGAGAGUAUCUGGAUUGAUAUCGAUGUGCUGCGAGACACCAUCCUACCACUUAUUAUGAACGCAGUCCAGCACACACCGGAUGGAAUUGUAUCGGUAACACUAUCACUGAAUCUGGGCUCGAGGCAGUUGACAGUGGAUGUCAAGGAUAAUGGCCAAGGCAUUCAUCAAACUGAUCAGCAGCGCAUAUUCGAACCCUUUGAAAAAGUCGAUAUGCACUCAACACGAGCAGGACUGGGACUCACCGUGGCGUCCAGAUUCGCAUCGCUCUUGCAGGGAUCGGUCGCUCUGAUGUCCUCGAAAUUUCGCCGAGGCUCCCAUUUUAGAGCCACGUUUCGGGGUGUUGAGUAUGCCAGCUCUCCCAACGCGCCGAAAUUGCUAGCCUCAAAGCUCCAGAAUCUACCCUCAAUAUUCUUCAACUUAAUAUCUGAUUUGAGUUCCAUGUCACUCUGUGGCCACUUCGUCACUUUCCUCACACGCAGUGGCUUUGCGCCGUCGGCUUGCCCAGAAGGCUCCUUUAUUAUCUUUGAAGCUGCCCCGAGUUUAGAACAGCACCAAUUACAGCUGUCCCAAAUUCCAUCGGGAGGUGUUGCGAUAUGUCUUCUUCCCGGGCUUGAGGCAGAUUUACCGCUUGGACGGACGGCUAAAAAUAUUGUUUAUGUCAGCGGACCUUUCUCCACCUUGUCUUUAGGCUCGGCCCUCGAGGAAGCGGAUUGUCUCGUGGGAAAGAUCAGAAGUUUGCAACCAUAUGUCGCCCUGCCGACACUUCUAAAGGCAGCUCAAGCCCCGGAACAAAGGGAACUCGAGCCCAACCAACUGUCGAUUGACGCUGCCAGCCCUAGAUCAGAAACUACUCUAUCCUUGGGAUCCGAUCAGGAUGUCGCGCCCUCUGCAGACUUGACAAAGCCCAUUCCAAUCUCCCGCCAGUUGCGUCAAUCUUCGCGACCCACAACUCUGAUUGUCGAUGACAACACCAUCAACCUUCGCAUUAUGGAAAUGUACUGCAAGAAAAGAAGUUUGCCUUACUUGGCUGCAAAGAAUGGUUUGCAAGCUGUGGAAAUCUUCUCGCAGCGCCAAUCAACUUGUAUCGCUAACGACGAGCCUCCUAUCGAGCUGAUCUUCAUGGAUUUGCAAAUGCCGGUGUGCGAUGGCAUCGAAGCCACCAGGCAAAUACGAAGUCUAGAGGAGCAGAACAACUGGGGAAAGGUUUUGAUACUGGUUAUGACUGGUCAAGACACCGCUGCUGAUAAAUCUGCCGCACAAGAGGCAGGCGGGGAUAAGUAUCUCGUCAAGCCGGUGAUAAUUGAGCAAUUGGAUCGAAUUGUGAGGCAAUGUUUUCCCUUCUUUGAGUCGGGUAAGAAAACAUAG